GCCAAACCACCCUGAGGUUGUGCCCUUUGCCAUUGAAGCAAUAAUGACAAUGGUCUUGAACGAGAGUGAAGAAAUUUCUGCUGAUCUUCUACGAACAAUAUUAGAUGGCCUGAGAAAGGAAAAUGAGGCAAUUUCACCUAUCUCUUGGUCAUUGGCGGAGAAAGUUAUCACCAAUUGUGCUGCUAAGCUUCAGCCCUAUGUUAUGAGAGCGGUGCAGUCCACUGGCAGACCUCUGGAUGCUUUUGGUGAAAUAGUAGUUUCAAUUUGCCAGAGAGGAUCUGAAACACUUCAAUGCAAUCACUCAAAUGGUUCUGGAGAUCCAUUGGUUCAGGCAGGUGAAAACGAGCUUUCCGUGUGCAAAAGUGCAGAUGAGCAAUACUGUGAUGACCAAGAACCAGAUAUGACUUGUGCAAGACGUGUUGCUCAAACCAUGGAUGAUUCCAAGCUGAACAAAAGAAUCCCAGUUCUACUAAAUCCACAAAAACAUCAAGGCAGAAAGGCUUGUGAUAGUGAUAUUGAGCUUUCACCUCCCGCAAAUCAUGAUUUGCUAAAGGACCCUGUUCUGAAGAAAUCUGAAAAUAAGGGCUGUAAAGCUCUAGUAUCCCAGCGUGAAACUGACAAGAACAUUGAUGCUGCUCAACCUUCAACAGAUCAGAGAACUCCUGACAAAAGCCAUCGCAAAAGGGGUCGGCCAAGGAAAAAUAGUAUCACCAAUAAUCAAGGUGCUGACCCUAGGUCUGUAUCAAUGACCAAGGAAGACCAUUUGAUUGCACAGAAUGAGGAUGUUUCUUUGGAACCUGCUAGUCUGAGGUCGGAAAGGGAUCUUGAAGUAAUGAAAGAGGCUGAAAUGAAAAAUCAGGCACCUCUGAGGAAAAUCAAAGUUGCUUCCAAGACUGAUGAGAAUACUGCCGUGAAUACUGAAUCGGUAGUUGAUGACAUAAUUGGUAAGCCUGGUGAAGAUGAGAAAGCCACGCCAGUGAUGAAUAUAGAAACAACAAAUACAGAGGAGGAUCAGGCCUUAACACAAACGAGUGUUAAGAGAAGGAGGAAGCUUGAUGCUCCACCCAAUAAAGAUGUCAAUGGCUCUUGUACUAUUAAGCAGCAGCUAACUGAGUCUUUGGGUAAGAAACUGACCGGAGCUGAAGAAACCCCUCAAACAAAACGAAGGAGGAAGAGAACCACUGUUAGUGUUGAGGCUUCUGAAAUCCAUGACUGCAAUGAACCUUCAGUUGGUAGCAGGAUCAAGGUCUGGUGGCCAAUGGAUAAAAGGUUUUAUGAAGGUGUUGUUGAUUUUUAUGACCCUGCCAAAGGAAAGCACAAGAUUUUAUAUGCUGAUGGUGACGUGGAAGUUUUAAACCUCAAAAAGCAACGGUGGGAGCUAAUUACAGACCAUGCUUCACCAGAUGCAGAUCGAGAAAUUGGCCUUCAACAGAUUGAGACGGUGACAUCAGAUACAGAAGAUAAAGGAAAAGGAAAUUCAGCACCGGAGUCCGCCAAGGGAGCAAAAGCCAGUUGUUGCAGGACAAGGGGAAGAGCAUCUGCUAGAAUCUCCAAAUCGGAAUCUGUGAAACCUGCUAGAAAAUCCAAGGAUGAUUCUGUGGUUGAUGAACCCGCUGUGGCUCAUGAAUCUGCUGUAACUAAGAAUGAGCAAGACUCAGCUGGGAAGUCAAAAAACAGAAGAUUGAAGAUUCUUUCUGAUCAGAAGAUGACCAAACCUAAAGAUAGUUCUGCGCUUGAUGAGCCCACUGUAGCUGGUGAAACUGCAGUUGAUCCACCUAGAACUGAGAAUGAGCAAGACUCAGCUGGGAAGUCAAAAGCCAAAAGGUUGACGGUAGCUUCUGAUAAGAAAAAGAUCAAACAUAGAGAUGGUUCUCCACUUGAUGUACCCAUUGAAGCUGAUGAAUCUGCAGUUGAUCCUCCUCAAACUAAAAAUGAACAAGAAUCAGCUGGGAAGCGUAAAACCAAGAGAUCAAAGAUUCUUUCUGGCAGGAGAAAGAUUGAACCGAAGGAUAAUUCUGCACCUGAUGAACCCAUUGAAGCUGAUGACUCUGCUGUUGAUCCUCCUCAAACGGAAAAUGAGCAAGAAUCAACUGGGAAGUCUAAAUCCAAGAGGUCUAAGAUUCUUUCUGAUAAAAGAAAGAUUGAACCUAAGGAUAAUUCUGCACUUGAUGAACCCAUUGAAGCUGACCGCUCUGCAGUUGAUCCACCUAGAACAAAGAAUGAGCAAGACUCAACUAGGAGUUCUAAAACCAAAAGAUCAAAUAUUCUCUCUGAUAAGAAAAUGAUUGAACCUAAGGAUAAUUCUGCUCUUGAUGAAACCAUUGAAAUUGAUGACUCUGCAGUUGACCUACCUAGAACUAAGAAUGAGCAAGAGUCAACUGGGAAGUCUAUAACUAAGAGAUCAAAGAUUCUUUCUGAUGAGAGAAAGAUUGGACCUAAGGAUAAUUCUGCUCUUGAUGAACCCAUUGAAGCUGGUGAAUCUGCAGUUGAUCCAUCUAGAACUAAGAAUGGGCAAGAGUCAGCUGUGAAGUCUAGAACCAAAAGAUUGAGGAUUCUCUCUGAUGAGGAAAAGAUUGAACCUAGGGAUAAUUCUGCACUUGAUGAACCCAUUGAACCUGAUGACUUUGCAGUUGGUCCACCUAGAACUAAGAACGAGCAAGACUCAACAAGGAACCCUAAAACCAAAAGAUCGAAGAUUCUCUCUGAUAAGGAAAAGAGCGAACCUAAGGAUAAUUCUGCACUUGAUGAACUCGUUGAAGUUGGUGACUCUGCAGUUGAUCCACCAAGAACUAAGAAUGAGCAAGACUCAACUGGGAAGUCUAAAACUCAAAGAUCGAAAAUUCUCUCUGAUAGGAAAAUGACCAAACCUAGGGAUAAUUCUGCACUUGAUGACCCUAUUGAAGCUGAUGACUCUGCAGUUGAUCCACCUAGAACUAAGAAUGAGCAAGACUCAGCUGGGAAGUUUAAAACCAGAAGAUCAAAGAUUCUUCCUGCAAAGAAACAGAUCGAACCCAAAGAUAAUCCUGUGCUUGAUGAACCCAUUGUGGCAGAUGAAUCAACAGUUGAUCCUCCUCAAACUAGUAAUGACCAAGAAUCAGCUGGGAAGUCUAAAACUAGAAGAUCAAAGACUCUUUCUGAUAAGAAAAAGAUUGAACCUAUAGAUAAUUCUGCACUACAUGAACCCAUUGUGGCUGAUGAAUCAGCAGUUGAUCCUCCUCAGACUAAUAAUGACCAAGAAUUAGCUGGGAAGUCUAAAACCAGAAGAUUGAAGAUUCUUUCUGAUAAGAAAAAGAUUGAAUCUAAAGAUAAUUCUGCAUUUGAUGAACCCAUUGUGGUUAAUGAAUCAGCAGUUGACCCGCCUAGAACUAAUGAUGAACAAGACUCAGCUGGGAAGUCAAAAACCAAAAGGGUGACUGUAGUUUCUGAUAAGAAAAAGAUCAGACCUAGGGAUGAUUCUGCACUUGAUGAACCCAUUGAAGUUGAUGAAGCUGCGGUUGAUCCUCCUCAAACUAAUAAUGAACAAGAAUCAGUUGGGAGGCCUAAAACCAGGAGACUGAAGAUUGUUUCUGGUAUGAAGAAGAUCGAACCAGACACUGAAAACGUGCAGAAGGCAAAAUUGCGAAAGGCUUGAAUCUUGUAGUGGGAAAUGCAUCAAGAAUAUGAGCAAAGGUGCCAACAAAGGUUACCGUUCUUUAAGUUUCAUGCAAUGAGGUUGUGCAGAGAGCUUCUAAU